AUUCGGCUCAGGGUGAGGAACACUGCGGUCCACUCCGGUCCACUGCCAUGCAGGCCCCACGCUUUCUGACUCUGACAGCGGUGGUUAGCGCAGGUGCAUCGUGGCUGCCUGUCUAUGACAACAAUGGCAGCCCUGUUUGCACCGUAGGAGGCACCUUGCAGUGCACAGGUGGCACAGGCCAGUGCGAAUGUGUUGGCACAGCUCCAACUGUAGUGCCACCCCCAUGCGACACCACGUUGGAAAGUUAUGUACCAGAUUGCUACUCGAGAUGCCGUGACGUUGAUGGCGCUUGCAUUACCUAUUUCAGUUGUCCAGAGGGUUUCUCGAAGUCAGACAUGAUUUGGACCUGUGAAUCUGGACAUUUGGCCAGUCUGCUCGGAUACGACUACCAAGAGAACAUUAAGCUCCUGGCAGACAAGUCCUACAGUCGAGUAAUCACAUCCUCCACCUAUGAUGACGGCGAAACCUGGACACCAAGUUGCCACUCACCUGGACCUCAGAACUAUGCCGUGGGGUAUCAAACUUGCUACACGCUCGAUCCCAACGUUGGUGUCCCUACAACUACCACCACCACCACCACGACGUGGGGCAUUCCAAUUGUCUGGGAGAACGUGGGCGAGCCAGGCAAGUCGGUCUGCAGAGGUCAGAAUGUCAAUGAUAAUGACCCAAAUCACUACACCGUGCGAGCAGCCCAAAGCUUGGAAGACUGCAAAGUCCUUUGCUCCCAACAGCCCAGCUGCAAGGGCAUUGAGUAUAGCGUUGGCAGGUGUGAGAUUUGGAUUCGUCCUCAAGGCAUUUACAUCUCCAAGGUCCUUGACGGUUUCACCUGUCUUCGAUACGGCCGGGACACUUCCAGUCUUGUGAAGUAUGAAGGUGGAGACAAGGACUAUGCCUGUCGAUACCAAGAUCCAAACGACAACUCGGCGAGUUUUUACAAGGUCUCGAGUCCACCAUGUUUGGUACUGAGCGAUUGCAAAGCACGCUGUGCGGCAGCCGACGUUUGCUAUGGCAUUGAGUUCUCAAAGGGCCGCUGCGAAAUUUGGCUGCGACCCAUCAAAGCCGCGAAGGAGAUUGCAGGCUUUGAAUGUUGGAUUUACCCUGGGGCUACCUAUGAGCCGAAUGUGCUUUUGCCCUGACAUGCAUGUUUACUUUGAGGAUGAAUUUGCACCCAGGUCUCGUGAAUGAGACGUUGCAAGUCACAUUGGCACAUACUUGAAGGUCCCAUCUACAGUUGUGGGAAAUUUGGGUUCGCGCUAUGACUAUGCUUUGGACACCAGCAUUCAAAGCAUGCAUUACCAAGGGUUGCAAGCUAGCUAUUGUGCUUGUUGUGCUCGCAAGCAGGCUCUUGUUUAGGGGUUAC